UCGAACAAGCUGGGAAGGAUGAACAGUUCUGCCGAGUGCCUUGGACCAAACAGCGCUGACCUGCAAACCAACGGGAAGCUUGUCAACUGCAGCGCCAACCCAGAUGCCCAUGGCGGGGCUGGCAUUUCAGCAUUGGGCAUCUCCGUCUCGAUCUUCCUGUGUCUCAUCACCCUGGCCACCGUGGUGUCCAACGGAUUUGUAAUCGCCACCAUCUACCAGACGAGGAAGCUGCACACUCCCGCCAACAUCCUGAUCGGUUCCCUGGCCGUCACCGACCUCAUGGUGUCCCUCUUGGUCAUGCCCAUCAGUAUUGUGUACACGGUGAGCGGGACCUGGAGUUUUGGCCAAAUUGUCUGUGAUAUCUGGCUGUCCAGCGACAUUACCUGUUGCACCGCCUCGAUCCUCCACUUGUGCGUGAUCGCGCUGGACAGGUACUGGGCCAUCACGGAUGCGGUGGAGUACUCGGCUAGGAGGACGCCCGCCAGAGCGGCGGGCAUGAUAUUCACCGUCUGGGUCAUCUCCGUCUGCAUCUCCAUCCCGCCUCUGUUCUGGAGGCAAGCCAAGGCAACGGAGCUGACAGACUGCAUGGUCAACACCGAUCAAAUCUUCUACACGAUCUACUCCACCUUCGGGGCCUUUUACAUUCCCACCCUGCUGCUCAUCGCCCUCUACGGGAGAAUCUAUGUGGAGGCCAGGUCCAGAAUCCUCAAGCAGGCACCCAGGAACGCGGCCAAGAGAAUGACCACGGCCCACCUGGUGACCGACUCCCCGGGCUCUUCCUCUCUCUCAGUAAACUCUCGAGCUAACGAAGCCUCCAGCGAGACUGGGGGCUCUCCCGUUUAUUUGAACCACGUCAAAAUCAAAGUUUCCGACGCACUGUUGGAAAGGAAGCGCAUCUUGGCGGCCAGGGAGAGGAAGGCGACCAAAACUUUAGGGAUAAUCUUGGGGGCGUUUAUCGUAUGCUGGCUACCUUUCUUUAUUAUUACUCUGGUGAUGCCCAUCUGCAAGGAAGCUUGCUGGUUCCACCAUGCCAUCUUUGACAUCUUCAAUUGGCUGGGCUAUCUAAAUUCUCUCAUCAAUCCCAUUAUUUACACAAUGUCUAACGACGACUUCAAGCAAGCAUUCCAGAAACUCGUCCGGUUUAGAUGACUGUCUAAACUAGUCUCACAACUGGACAAGUAAAGAUCACUUGUGACAACUAGUCUCACAAUUGGACAAGAUCACUAAAGCAGCGUCUCUUUUAGCUCCCCGCUCAUUUCUCCCUCUGUACACACACACACAUAAAUAUAAAAAUCACACACACACACACAUUUACAUACACACAUCUAUAUAUAUAUAUACUGUAUUUUUAAAGCCACCAAAAAUCAGAUGAUAGUAUGACAGCCCAUGCAGCAGUUUAGCAAGCACACCACGUGUAUGGGACAUUGCAUACACACUCGCAGCAUUGUCAGGGAAUGAAUGUAUAUGUCAGGAAAUCGAAUAUCCAUACUUUGCUGUUGGCUUGAGUCUUACUUAUUAGACCAGUCAAAUAUAGUUGUAGUUGAACACCAAAGGGUGAUGUGCAUGGGGGGAGGUCUUUUAGGUAUUUUCUAUAUACCAUUCGCAGUCGGAUCCCACUGACCUAAUCAUCGUCCAUUGACCCCUUGAUGAUGUGACACUGAUUCGCUACAGCCAGAGGCCCGUGGAAUUUCAUUUUUUCAAUCAGUCUGAUAUGAAACCCCAUUUCCGGAUCUGAUCAUCGGGAGAUAGGGUUAGAUCCUUCGCUCUUGUCACCGCAGUUUUAAACUGCAUUACAAGUAGCUUUGGCCGUCUUUGAGAUUUUGCUUAAUCAAAACUUAGCUUGCUUUUAAGCCAACGUUUUGAUAUUUUGAAAACGUCGGUAUAUGAUUGCUAAGGAACGAAUUCUUAGUGAAUGACUGAAAAACAAACGUAUUGCUUUAAUCCCAGCUGUUAUUUGAGUGGUAUAUUUUGAAAGCAUUUUGAAUUUUAAAACGCAGAUUAAGUAAUGUGAGCUAUGAUGAAUUAUUUAUAACCUCCAUGCCUUGAUGGGUAUCUGCGGUUUGAAUCUACAGGUUCUGUCUUUGUAUUAUGAACAUUGUGUUUGAGCUGUCCAAUGGAUCCUGUUUAUUUGUUAUUGUAGGUUAGCACUGACAGUACCAGCAACAGUCUUUUAAGACAAAUAAAUGGUUUUGAUACACGAAAGGUGUGUUUGACGUCAGUGUUUUCCGUUGAUCGAUUUAUAACUAAUAUUACAAAUAAAAAUGGGUUGUCAUGGCAAGGUUUCAAGACGUGACCAUCUGUAGAUGUAAUAAUAGUUGGGAGAAAGGUCCAAAAAGGUUCAGUGGAAUGCCAGAUGAGAGGAAGUAUUUAUGUGGAUUUUCAGUUGCAUCAACAACAUAUCUGUUUUGGAGUAAGCUUGCAUUCCAGUGAGUAGUUAUAGCUUUGCAAGCUUCUUGGGUUAAAGAACGGGGUUAGUCUGAAAAAUAGAAACAGCGUGAAAUCACUGUCGAUGCAAAAUCAUUCUUGUAUAUAUUAUCGAACAGAUAAAGGACUGCGAUGUUGUGCAUGUAAACAAGGACUGUGGAGCUGCUUAAUAAACGCCGAUAAAGCAAACCUUAAUUUUAUUCAUUAUUGAUCAGCAGACAUUAGUAUCAUUGCAGGGAAGAACUGCAGAUGCUGGUUUAAA